AUGGCGCCUCCCGGUGAAGAGACACCGCUGAUCCCUGAGCGCUCUUACAGCCUCUCGUCCUCCGAGCCCGGUGCCCUGCACGUGCUGCUGCCCCCUCGGGGUCCCGGGCCCCCUCAGCGCCUGACCUUUUCCUUUGGGGAGCACUCGGCUGAAGAGCUGUGUGUUCGUGCCGCCAAGGCCAGCGGCAUCCUGCCCGUGUACCACCCCCUCUUUGCCCUGGCGCUGGAGGACCUGUCCUGCUGGUUCCCCCCGGGCCACAUCUUCUCCGUGGAGGACGAGGGCACCCAGGUCCUGGUCUACAGGCUCCGCUUUUACUUCCCCAACUGGUUUGGGCUAGAGACGUGUCACCGCUUCGGGCUUCGAAAGGACUUGGCCAGCGCCAUCCUUGACCUGCCAGUCCUGGAAUACCUGUUUGCUCAGCACCGCAAUGACCUGGUGAGUGGCCGCCUGCCGGUGGGCCUCAGCCUGAAGGAGCAGGGCGAGUGUCUCAGCCUGGCGGUGCUGGACCUGGCUCGGAUGGCCUGUGAGCAGGCCCAGCGGCCGGAGGAGCUGCUGAAGACCGUCAGCUACAAGACCUGCCUGCCCCCUGGCCUGCGCGACCUGAUCCAGGGCCUGAGCUUCGUGACGCGGAGGCGCAUCCGGAGGCGGGUGCACCAGGCCCUGCUCCGCGUGGCCACCUGCCAGGCUGACAGACACUCGCUCAUGGCCAAGUACAUCAUGGACCUGGAGAGACUGGACCUGGCGAGGGCCACGGAGACCUUCCUCGUGGGCCUCCCCGGGUCUGCUGGCGGUCCUGACGCGAAGGGGCUGCUCCGCGUGGCCGGGAGCAGCGGCAUUGCCUGGAGCCCAGGGACACAGGAGGUCUUCCAGCCUUUCUGCGACUUUCCAGAAAUCGUGGACAUCAGCAUCAAGCAGGCCCCGCGCGCUGGCCCGGCUGGGGAGCAUCGCCUGGUCACCAUCACCAGGACGGACAACCAGAUCCUGGAGGCCGAGUUCCCGGGGCUGCAGGCCUCCCUGUCCUUCGUGGCGCUUGUGGACGGCUACUUCCGGCUGACCACGGACUCCCAGCACUACUUCUGCAAGGAGGUGGCGCCGCCGCGGCUGCUGGAGGAGGUGGCGCAGCAGUGCCACGGCCCCAUCACCCUGGAUUUUGCCAUCAACAAGCUCAAGACUGGAGGCUCCCUCCCUGGCUCCUACGUUCUCCGCCGCAGCCCCCAGGAUUUCGACAGCUUCCUCCUCACUGUGUGUGUCCAGACCCCGCUGGGCCCCAAUUACAAGGGCUGCCUCAUCCGGUGCGACCCCACAGGAAGCUUCUCCCUGGCUGGCCUGGGCCGGCCCCACAGCAGCCUCCGGGAGCUCCUGGCGGCCUGCUGGGACGGUGGUCUGCACGUCGACGGGGUUGCCCUAAACCUCACCUUCUGCUGCCCCCCCAGACCCAAAGAAAAGUCCAACCUGAUUGUGGUCCGGAGAGGCUGCAGCCCACCCACAUCGUCCCCGGUCCAGCCCCACGCGGGGUGCCAGCUGAGUCAGAUGACAUUUCACAAGAUCGCCGCGGACAGCCUGGAGUGGCGGGAGAACCUGGGUCACGGAUCCUUCACCAAGAUCUACCGGGGCUGUCGCCACGAGACUGUGGACGGGGAGCCUCGGGAGACGGAGGUGCUGCUCAAAGUGCUGGACGCGAAACAUAAGCACUGCAUGGAGUCAUUCCUGGAAGCAGCGAGUCUGAUGAGCCAAGUGUCGUACCAGCAUCUCGUGUUGCUUCAUGGCGUGUGCAUGGCCGGAGACAGCGUCAUGGUGCAGGAAUUCGUCCGCCUGGGAGCCCUGGACACGUACCUCCGCAAGUGCGGCCAGUUGGUGCCCGCCAGCUGGAAGCUUCAGGUGGUCAAGCAGCUGGCCUACGCUCUCAACUACCUGGAGGACAAAGGCCUCCCGCACGGCAAUGUCUCAGCCCGGAAGGUGCUCCUGGCUCGGGAGGGGACUGACGGGAGCCCGCCCUUCAUCAAGCUGAGCGACCCCGGGGUCAGUCCCACGGUGCUCAGCCUGGAGAUGCUCACUGACAGGAUCCCCUGGGUGGCCCCUGAGUGCCUGCAGGAGGCCCGGACACUUAGCUUGGAAGCUGACAAGUGGGGCUUCGGGGCCACCGUGUGGGAGGUGUUCAGCGGUGUCCCGAUGCCCAUCAGCACCCUGGAGCCCGCCAAGAAGCUCCAGUUUUACGAGGAGCGGCAGCAGCUGCCUGCCCCUAAGUGGAUGGAGCUGGCCCUGCUGAUCCAACAGUGCAUGGCCUACGAGCCGGGCCACAGGCCCUCCUUCCGCGCCGUCAUCCGCGACCUGAACAACCUCAUCACGUCAGAUUAUGAGCUCCUGUCGGACCCCACACCUGGGGCCCUGGCGCCCCACGAUGGGCUGUGGAGUGGCGCCCAGCUCUACGCCUGCCAGGACCCCACCAUCUUCGAGGAGAGACACCUCAAGUACAUUGCACAGCUGGGCAAGGGCAACUUCGGCAGCGUGGAGCUGUGCCGCUACGACCCGCUGGGAGACAACACGGGCGCCCUGGUGGCGGUGAAGCAGCUGCAGCACAGUGGGCCGGACCAGCAGAGGGACUUCCAGCGGGAGAUCCAGAUCCUCAAAGCCCUGCACAGCGACUUCAUUGUCAAGUACCGCGGGGUCAGCUACGGCCCAGGCCGCCAGAGCCUGCGGCUGGUCAUGGAGUACCUGCCCAGCGGCUGUCUGCGCGACUUCCUGCAGCGGCACCGGGCGCGCCUGGACGCUGGCCGCCUGCUGCUCUACGCCUCGCAGAUCUGCAAGGGCAUGGAGUACCUGGGCUCCCGCCGCUGCGUGCACCGCGACCUGGCAGCACGCAACAUCCUGGUGGAGAGCGAGACGCACGUCAAGAUCGCCGACUUCGGCCUCGCCAAGCUGCUGCCCCUGGACAAAGACUAUUACGUUGUCCGGGAACCGGGCCAAAGCCCCAUUUUCUGGUACGCCCCGGAGUCCCUCUCCGACAACAUCUUCUCGCGCCAGUCAGACGUCUGGAGCUUCGGGGUUGUUCUGUACGAGCUGUUCACCUACAGCGACAAGAGCUGCAGCCCCUCCGCGGAGUUCCUGCGGAUGAUGGGAUGCGAGCGAGAUGUCCCGGCUCUCUGCCGCCUCCUGGACCUGCUGGCCGAGGGCCAGAGGCUGCCUGCGCCUCCAGCCUGCCCUGCUGAGGUUCAUGAGCUCAUGAAGCUGUGCUGGGCUCCUAGCCCACAAGACCGCCCAUCCUUCAGCACCCUGGGCCCCCAGCUGGAGGCGCUGUGGAGUGCAAGUCGCGGGUAG